CCCAGGAGGAGCUCCGAGGGGUGGGGGUGCUGAAGCCCGUCGGUCCUCCGGCUGCUCCGGGAGCCUCGGGGCGCGGCGCGGGCAUGGCUCGCCCGGCGUGGGGGUUGCUGUGGCUGCUGCUGGGCAGCGCGGGCGCGCAGUACGAGAAGUACAGCUUCCGAGGCUUCCCUCCGGAGGACCUGAUGCCUCUGGCCACGGCCUACGGCCACGCUCUGGAGCAGUACGAGGGCGAGAGCUGGCGCGAGAGCGCUCGCUACCUGGAGGCGGCGCUGCGGCUGCACCGGCUGCUGCGCGACAGCGAGGCCUUCUGCCACGCCAACUGCAGCGGCCCCGCCGCCUCGCAGCCCCGGCCGGCGCCCGGCCCGGACGGUGACGGCGAUGGCGAUGGCGAUGGUGAAGACUGGGCGCGCGAGCUGCGGCUCUUCGGUCACGUCCUGGAGCGCGCCGCCUGCCUGCGGCGCUGCAAGCGGACGCUGCCCGCCUUCCAGGUCCCCUACCCGCCGAGGCAGCUGCUGCGCGACUUCCAGAGCCGCCUGCCCUACCAGUACCUGCACUACGCGCACUUCAAGGCGAACCGACUGGAGAAGGCGGUGGCUGCGGCCUACACCUUCCUCCAGAGGAACCCCAAGCACGAGCUGACCGCCAAGUAUCUCAACUACUACAGGGGGAUGCUGGAUAUCGGAGAUGAGUCCCUUACGGACCUAGAGGCCCAGCCUUAUGAGGCUGUGUUCCUCCGGGCUGUAAAGCUCUACAACAGCGGAGACUUCCGCAGCAGCACAGAAGACAUGGAGCGGGCCCUGGCUGAGUACAUGACGGUCUUUGCUCGGUGUCUGGCUGGCUGUGAGGGGGCCCAUGAGCAGGUAGACUUCAAGGACUUCUACCCAGCCAUAGCAGAUCUCUUUGCAGAGUCCCUACAGUGCAAAGUGGACUGCGAAACCAACCUCAUCCCCAACGUAGGUGGCUACUUUGUGGACAAGUUUGUGGCCACCAUGUAUCACUACCUACAGUUUGCCUACUACAAAUUGAAUGACGUGCGCCAGGCCGCCCGCAGUGCUGCUAGCUACAUGCUCUUUGACCCCAAGGACAGUGUCAUGCAGCAGAACCUGGUGUAUUACCGCUUCCACCGGGCUCGCUGGGGCCUUGAAGAGGAGGACUUCCAGCCCCGGGAGGAGGCCUUGCUCUACCACAACCAGACCGCCGAGCUUCGGGAGUUGCUGGACUUCACACACAUGUACCUUCAGUCAGAUGAUGAGAUGGAACUGGAGGAGACAGAGUCACCCCCAGAUAAAGUGGAGGAGACAGAAGAACUCCCAUCCGAUGCCGAGUUUGAAGGGGAGGGCGACUAUGAGGAGGGCCUCUAUGCAGACUGGUGGCAGGAGCCAGAUGCCAAGGGCGACGAUGCCGAGGCUGAGCCAGAGCCUGAACUGGCUUAAGAGUGGUGGUGUACAGCUUUAAUCCCAGCACUUGGGAGGCAGAGGCAGGCCGAUCUCUGUGCGUUCGAGGCCAGCCUGGUCUACAAAGCGAGUUCCAGGACAGCCAGGCCUACAUGGACAAGUCCUGUCUUGAAAAACCAAAAAGAAAAGAAAAAAGAGCGGUAACGUGGUGCUCCCCUCAAACUCAGGAUACCGGGCCAGGAGCAAGAACUAUUUAUUAAAACAUAAAGUGACCUGGUGUGAUGGUGCAUGCCUUUGACACCAGCACCCAAUGGGGCAGAAACAGGCAGAUCUAGUUCCAGGCCAGCCUUGACUACGUAGUGAGAUGCGGGCCAGCUGAGGCUACAUGAUGAGAUCUUGUUUCAAAACAAAAAUAGCUGAGUGUGGUGUUGCAGGCCUUUAAUUCCAGCAGUUGAGAUGCAGAGGCAGGUGGAUCUCUGUGAGUUCAAGGCCAGCCUGGCCCACAUGGUGAGUUCCAGGCUAGAUAAGGCUACACAGUGAGACCCUGUCUCAAAAAGAAAAACCUUAAAAGGGACAUAGUUGGCCUAGCUCCCACCCAGACUCUACUGUGCCUCUCAGAAUGGUGGCCAUGUUACUGGCUGCCACAUGAGCUGUUGGGGAUCCCUCCUUCCCCUUUCUGCGCCUCCAAGUUGAACAUCCUCCUGAGGAAGUUUUCAGCUUCUGGCUUGAGUCUACAGGACUGAGGCCAGCCAGGUCUGUCAGAGCUGCAGAGGGGGUUGUGAAGAACACGGGCUUGGAGUUCUGGUGCUCAAUAAAUGUUUAUUGUUGGAUGAAUCACUGCACCUGA